UAUGUGUGUGUUGUUGAUGAAUAACUCGAUCAGCUUUGAGGUUUCGUUAGAACAUUGAAUCCUUUCGAUAAGCAUAGAACAGAAGAUCCUGCUAAAAAACCUUGAAAGAUUAAAACAAGAUGAAGACUUUCUUCUUCAUUGUAGCUCUUAUUACAAUUGUCAACCUUCCUUUCUCAACACAAAGUUGUCAGUCUCAAGCUACAUGUAAACAGUGCAUAAGUAAAGCUGAGUGUGCAUGGUGUUCUGCUGAGAAAUUUAAGGAAAAAGCAGAGUCAAGAUGUGACACACUAGAAAACUUAAAAAAACUGGGCUGCCCSAUGUCAAAUAUUUCYAAUCCAUCCAGCAAAUAUGAACCCAUUAAUCCAAUAGGUGUGGGUCCAACAGUUCAAGUUUCACCACAAAAGGUGACACUUAAAUUAAGACCAGGUGUUCCUGCAACCAUUCCUCUWGUUGUUCGCUCUGCUGAAAACUAUCCUGUUGAUUUGUAUUAUCUUAUGGACAUGUCUUGGUCUAUGCAAAAUGAUUUGGAUAAAUUGAAGAAUCUUGCAGGAAAGAUAGCUCAAACUCUGAAGAACAUCACAAAGAAUUACCAACUUGGCUUUGGAUCAUUUGUCGAUAAAACUGUUUCACCUUACAUGCGACAAGAGCUCAAAAAGCCCUGCAAAGCCAACCAACAAUGUGUACCAACUUAUGGAUACAAACAUAUCUUAAAGCUAGUCAAAAAUGAUACCAAGUUUAAGGAAGAAAUAAAUAAACAAAUCAUUUCUGGAAACCUUGAUGAACCUGAGGGAGGAUUUGAUGCCCUGAUGCAGGUUGCGGUUUGUAGUAAUCGAAUAGGAUGGAAGAAAAGCGGUGAAUCCAGACGACUUGUUGUGUUUGUUACGGAUGCACCUUUCCAUAAAAUUGCCUCUACUGUCAAACUUGCUUUCAAAGCACCAGAUGGAAUACGYGUUCAGUAUACAGGUCGGUGUGGAAACAAAAUUGUAUCUAAUGGAGAGUGCACAGGUGUUGCUAUCAAAGACACGGUAUWWUUUGACAUUUCUGUCUCUCUUGAGCGUUGCACACCAGAAGUUGUCAAACAAAAAAGCUUYCCAAUCCGUAUUCCUGGAUUUGGUGAAGUAGAAGUGAACUUGGAGUAUAUUUGCAGUUGCCAGUGCGAGUCAUCUCAAUACAGAGUUGAAAACAGCUCAAGAUGUAGUGAUGGUAAUGGAACAUAUGCUUGUGGACAAUGCUCUUGCUAUGAGAAUCGAUAUGGAGAAAACUGCGAAUGUGACAGCCCUUUCGAUAAAAGUAAAGAUCUUUCGAAGUGCAAAGCGACCAACGCUACUGAUGAACCUCCAUGCAGUGGUAGUGGACAGUGUAUCUGUGGCAAGUGUAUAUGUAACAGGGACCCCCGCGGGCGUAUUUAUGGUGACAAGUGUCAGUGCAACGAUUUUUCGUGUCAGGAACACAAGGGUGCGGUAUGUGGUGGUUCCGACCGAGGAGUAUGUGACUGUGGUGUCUGUAAAUGUAAAGGAGUUUACAUUGGAGUAAAUUGCGGACAGCGAAAUUGCUCGCUACUGGACUAUGAAUGUCGAAAAGACAAGGAAUCGCCGAUAUGUGGAGGUAAAGAUCGAGGAACAUGCGAAUGUGGCCAGUGCAAGUGCAAUAGUAAAUACACUGGWCAGUACUGUGAAGAUUGCCCGACGUGUGAAGGAGGCAUUUGCAGCAGCAGCAAAGACUGUAUAACAUGCACAAAGUUCGAGAAGAACAGUUUGGAGGACUGUAAAAAGGUCAAUCGAUGUGAAGCUGUCAUACAGACCGURGAAACUAUCAAGAACAUCGAUACUUACACAGAUCAAGGAUUGUAUCGUUGUGAAGGAUCAAGAGAAAAGUGUACAUACUACUUUACGUAUAGAAAAAGAGCAGAUGGGAAAAGCUAUGACCUGUUUGUCCAAGAGAARCAAGCAUGUCCUGCUCCAGCACCUAUCUUGGCUAUAUCAUUGGGCGUGGUCGGGGGUAUACUGCUUAUCGGACUUGUGCUUUUGCUUAUUGGGAAAAUACUAGUUUCGAUGGCGGAUCGUAUUGAGUACAAGAGAUUUGAACGAGACAGAAUGAACGCCAAAUGGCAUAGGGAAAAGAAUCCUUUGUACAAAGAGGCCAAGACAACAUUUGAAAACCCAACAUAUGCUGGUCGUUAACCUUCUUGUAGAGAUUCGAUUUGUAAAAUACCGUGUUAAUUAAAAACUACCAAAGUAAAAUUUCCUGACAACAAAAGAAUGGACAUAUUYCAAUCGCAUGACGACAUGCAUACUUCGUAAUUUACACGACAAGAAAAAUCAGAAAUUUUAUGUACUUAUCGAUCAUGUAAUACAAUUCGUAACCGACGCUUGCCGGAGCAUAAUUUAUAAAUGCGCUAGGAAUAUUUUAUCAAUUAUUAGACASUGUUUAGACAAUUCUUUUUAUCAGUUGUGUACGUUCUUAUUCUUUUMAUUACUUAGUCUUGUUUUAAAAGUCAUUGAUACGAACAAGUCACAACAAAGACGCUAUAUGUACAAUAUCCGAGUUUAUACAUGAAAAAAAAACCCUGUCAAAUGGAAAAGUUAAAUUAUAAAACGCGUUCUUGUCAGUAGAAUGCAAGAAUGCAAAUACUAUCCUUUUGCGUUUUAAAACAGUAUAUAUUGAAGUUGUUUUCAAUUUGAUAAAUAGUAAUGAAAAACUAAUAAAAGCAAUGAAAGUAUAAUUA